AUGGCGGACCUCGAGGCUGUGCUGGCAGACGUCAGCUACUUGAUGGCUAUGGAGAAGUCGAAAUGCACUCCUGCAGCUCGGGCUAGUAAAAAGAUUGUUCUCCCAGACCCAAGUGUUCGGAGUGUAAUGCAUAAAUACAUGGAAAAGAAGAAUGAAGUAAAUUUCGACAAAAUAUUCAAUCAAGUCUUAGGUUAUUUAUUAUUUAAGGAAUUUUGUGAACAGACUACUGAUGACCAAGUGCCACAAUUAAGAUUUUAUGAAGAGAUUAAAUUAUAUGAAAAACAAGAAUGUGUUGAAGAGAGGCGGCGGAUCGCCAGAGAUAUAUAUGACAAUUUUAUUAUGAAAGAACUUCUAGCACAUUCACAUGAUUAUUCUAAAGAGUGUGUAGCGCAUGUACAAAAAUAUUUAAUGAAGCACGAAGUACCACCGAACCUAUUUGAGCCCUACAUUGAGGAAAUAUUCCAACACCUACGAGGGGAGCCAUUUAAAAAUUUCUUAGAAAGCGACAAAUACACGAGGUUUUGUCAAUGGAAAAACUUAGAAUUAAACAUUCAGCUCACAAUGAACGACUUCAGCGUGCAUCGCAUCAUCGGCCGAGGCGGGUUCGGAGAGGUGUACGGGUGUCGGAAGGCGGAUACGGGCAAAAUGUACGCGAUGAAAUGCCUCGACAAGAAGCGUAUAAAAAUGAAGCAAGGGGAGACUCUCGCCCUCAACGAGAGGAUUAUGCUCUCUCUAGUCAGUACUGGGGUGGACUGCCCAUUCAUCGUGUGCAUGACAUACGCGUUCCACACGCCGGAUAAGCUCUGUUUUAUCCUGGACCUGAUGAACGGCGGCGAUCUGCACUAUCAUUUGUCACAACAUGGCGUCUUCAACGAGGCCGAGAUGAAGUUCUAUGCUGCUGAAGUUAUAUUAGGUUUGGAACACAUGCACAAGCGUCACAUAGUGUACAGAGAUCUGAAGCCGGCGAACAUCCUCCUUGAUGAACACGGACACGUCAGAAUAUCUGAUCUCGGACUAGCCUGCGACUUCUCCAAGAAGAAACCGCAUGCCAGUGUUGGUACCCACGGCUACAUGGCUCCCGAAGUUCUCUCCAAGGGCACCGGCUACGAUUCUUCCGCUGACUGGUUCAGCUUCGGCUGUAUGCUGUACAAGCUCCUCAAAGGACACUCUCCAUUCCGCCAACACAAGACCAAGGACAAACAUGAAAUCGACAGGAUGACCCUUACAAUGAAUAACGAUAUAUUCCAGAACGUGGAGCUUCCAGAGACUUUCAGCCCCAGCUUGAAGAGUUUGCUGGAGGGGCUGCUGCAGAGAGACAUCAACAAGCGACUUGGAUGCAAGGGACGGGGUGCUGAUGAAGUGAAAGAACAUGUGUUCUUCGCGGGCAUCGACUGGCAGCAAGUCUACCACCAGAAAUACACACCACCAUUGAUCCCGCCGCGGGGAGAGGUCAACGCUGCUGACGCUUUCGAUAUCGGCAGCUUCGAUGAGGAAGAUACUAAGGGCAUCAAGCUAACUGAAGCGGAUCAGAUGCAAUACAAGGACUUCCCGCUGGUGAUAUCGGAGCGCUGGCAGUCCGAGGUGGCGGAGACAGUGUUCGAGACUAUCAACCAGGAGGCCGACAAGAUGGAGCAGAAGAAGAAGGCCAAGCAGAAACAGAAGUUCGAUGCUGAUGAGAAAGAAUCGGAUUGCAUACUGCACGGAUACAUCAAGAAACUGGGCGGUCCCUUCGCAAGUGCAUGGCAGACACGUUACGCGAAGCUUUACCCGAACCGGCUGGAGCUGCACCUGGAGAACAGUGCCAAGCCCGAGAUGAUCCUGCUGGACUCCGUGGAGGAAGUAUCGUCGGACCUCGUGUCCAUCAAGGGCGAGCAAUGCAUUGUUCUGAGGACUAGAAACGAUACCAAAAUCGUGCUCACCAACACUGAUGAAAUCGGGCUGAAGGAGUGGGCGCUGUCUCUGCGGUCGGCGCACAAGUGCUCGCAGGAGCUGCUGGCGUCCAUGGCGCGCAAGGCGGGCAAGAUAUACGGCACCGACGGCAACAAGGACGCCAUGUCGCUGGUGCGCGCGCCCGCGCCGCAGCCCUCGCCCGCCCUGGCGCGCGCGCCCAACGGGACCAACUAG